AUGAGGAACAUUAAAAAUGCACGGUUCCCGAAGCCGAUGAGGUCCGAUCCCAGCCAGAGGGAUCAUAAUCUGUGGUGCGAAUACGACAGGACGAACGGCCACCGAACUGGGGACUGUAGAUAUCUGCAUGAAGAGGUGGUGACACUACUGAAAAAUGGCCAUCUCAGGGAAUUCUUAAGUGACCUGGCCAAAAAUAAUUAUGGCCGUAACCGUGAUAACACGGAGCCCUCAAAUUUAGGGAAGGUUGGACAAUAUCAUACAAUGGAGGGUAUUGGAGCAAGCCAAACUUACCAGAAGCAUCAUUCCAGCCACAAAACUCCUCGUCGGGUUCAACCUCGCAAGCGUGACAACCCGAUGAGAGAUCAUGCUGCCCAAAAAUGUCGAGGGGGUGAUGAAGACGACCCUUUUCGAGGUUGUGGAUGGUGA